CUUCAGCGCGCGCGCACCGAAUCAGCGAUGAGUCCCGGAGAAGUUGACGGUCCGCUGGGCGCGCGCCGGCAGCCCGUGUAGAGUUCUCAUCCCUCGGCGGAGCAGACUGCGAUCACAUCUCCCCGCCCCAGCACCCUGCGCGCGCGCUCUCCUCUGCUCCUCUUCCUCUUCAUGCCCCGCGCUCAUGACGGAACCGGGCCACAAUGUUCGGGGCUCAGAGUAACGAGCAGCUCGCGCGGAAGUGUGGCGCCGCCGGUGAGCUCGCGACGCUGCGCUGAAUCCGUCCGAGCGGAAGAGUUUCGCGGCGCGCGCCGGACCGCCACCCCACCGCAGGGAUGCGGGGCCGAGAUCAGCUCGCGCUCACUCUGGGUUCUGUGCCUUCUGGGUUCAGUCGCUGCUUCCUCUCCCUCCUCCUCCUCCUCUUCCUCCUCUCUGCCUCGCUGCAGCUCGCUCAUGGAGAACCGCAGAAGACCUGCUCUGGAGCUCCUGCUGUUCCUCUGGAGGACAUCUGCCACCUACCCUGUCACUGCAGACCGUACCCACUACUCCCUCCACCUCCUCCUCCACCACCACCUCCACCCAGGCUCUUCUCUCCAACAGUGGCUCCAUCCAGCGUGUCUCCUCCUGUGAAGCCCUGGGGAAGAGAGGUGGAGAUUCUGGUGCUGGGGACAGUGAGCUGUGCAUCAGUCGUCUUCCUUUUCCUCACAGUCAUCAUCUGCUACAAGGCUAUCAAGAGGAAACCACUGCGGAAAGAGGAGAACGGCACCAGUCGAGGAGAAUACGCCAUGAGCUCUCGUUGCAAGCAGACGGCGGUGGAGACCAACAACACUGGAGUAUAGCAGCCAGAGGAAAAACACUGACAUUCUGUCAUAAAGAGGAGCUUAAAGGGCUUCAGAGGUGAAGAAACAGUAUUACAGGGAGGACUGAUGGAGCUCUGAACCAUUCGACGUCUUUACACUUCAAUGACAAUAAGUGCUGCUUUGUGAUUGAUAUGUGACAGAAUGAAAAUGCAGAGAGGGCGCGUGAGGACGUGUGAAGGACAUUUGAAGGACAUGCUGAGCCUUGAGACUCAUUGUUCUGUUGGACAGUGAAGCCGUUAGUCCUUUCACGAGAUUUUAAACCAGUAAAACUCUGAACGCAUGCACUUUCUACUGAACACUCCGACGUCUCUGGACGCCUCUCACCUCAUUUCUCUCCCUGCAGUUUCCUCUCCUGUAAAUAAAGUCGCCCGAAUUGCCGUUUGAAGGUUUGAAGACCGGAUGAAAGCUAAAGCAGGUCUUGAUAAUGAAACAGGUCACUUUUUUUUUUUUUUGUAUGACUAUGCAACUGGAAGGGAUUUGAAACCUUAGUGGUGCAUGUUCAUGAUAUUAAAACACAAUGUUAGCAUAAUCUGCUGCUAAUCAGUCUGACGUUUGCUAACAUACUCAAAUCGUAAGGCUUUACGUGUGUAAUGUAACUCACCGUGAAGCAAUAAGCUGGAAUACACGUCACAUAUAUACAUCAACACAAAGACUGUUAUUUUAUUACAGUAGUUCAG